AUGGAGCAAGUGGUACGCGAUCGCGAGGGUGAAUUGAAGAUACGACUGCAUCCGGUAGGACCACACGAAGCGUUGAACGGUGUCGCGGAUACUAAGGCGCACAACCGGUGGGCGGCUCCCUUGUCGAAGCGCUGGGCGAAAGAGGAGGUGCUUUGUCUCAUUGUUGCUGCCGCUGUUGCUGCGACUAUUGGCGUCAUCGUCGUGGCGGGCUGCAAUGGAGUCAUUAGAAGAAUUUAG